CCCGCCCUCGCGGCCAGGAGAGAAGCUUCGACUGUGCCGGGGAAGGGAAGCUCCGGUCGCGGCCGCGGCGAGUUACGUCGUUUUCCAAUCUGGCCGCGUCCGCCGCGGCUCGAGGCAGAGCCAGGAUGUUCGGGAUGCUGAGCAACAAUUUCGAGGAUGAUCCCUUCUUCUCUGAUUCUUUUACUGCACACCGAGACAGUAUGCGACAGAUGAUGAGAAGUUUUUCUGAACCUUUUGGAAGAGACUUGCUCAGCAUCUCUGAUGGUAGAGGAAGAGCUCAUAAUCAUACAGGACUGUAUGAUGGUGAAAAUUCCUUGACUGCAAUGAAUUCUUUUGUGCCUUUUGGCAGUGUUGGUGCUAUGCGUGCAGAUGUCAGCCCUUUUCAGGCAAUGGACCGAAUGAUGUUAAAUAUGCGAAACAGUAUGCAAGAAUUACAAAGAAACUUUGGUCAUCUUUCCGUGGAUCCAAAUGCACAUUCAUUUAGUUCUUCCUCAGUUAUGACUUAUUCCAAAGUGGGGGAUGAACCACCAAAGGUUUUCCAGGCCUCCACUCAAACCCGUCGGGCUCCAGGAGGAAUAAAGGAAACUAGGAGAACAUUGAGAGAUUCUGACAGUGGACUAGAAAAAAUGGCUGUUGGUCAUCAUCUUCAUGACAGAGCUCAUGUCAUUCAAAAGUCAAAGAACAACAAGACUGGAGAUGAAGAGGUCAAUCAAGAAUUCAUUAAUAUGAAUGAAAGUGAUGCUCAUGCUUUUGAUGAUGAGUGGCAAAAUGAGAUUUUGAAGUACAAACCAAGGGGACAAUGGCGCAAUCUAGAAAACACUAGGAUGAGAAGUGUUGGUCAUGAGAAUUCAGGAUCCCGAGAACUUAAAAGAAGGGAGAAACCUCAUCAAAAUCCAGCCACUGAACAUGGAAGAAGAUCAAAUGUUUUUGUGGACAAGCUCAACAUCAAAGGAUCUCCUGUGAAAAUCAACAAAAAAUAAAUAGGCUUGCAUUUGUUUUGUUUAGUUUCAAUUGUUUUAACAGAGAAAGUAAUGGUGCUGGGUAAUACACAUAAGACCAAUCUCUUGUUAAAUCAGUACUGUACUUAGCAACUUUCUUCUGCUAUCUCCGUGUUCUUGGAAGUACUAGCUUCAUAUUGUCUCUACUUUAGAAAUAAAACAGAUUUUCAACAGUGUGACAAAGUUGUUAAACAUUCUCUCAAACUCUUUCCCAAUGAUUUUCCUAUUGGCUAUGUAUGUAUUCUUUUAUAUACUCAAGAUUGAAUGUGGAGCUAUUAAUAGUUCUGUAUAAUUAGUUAUAAGAAAGUGAAAUGUUAAAAAAUAGUAUCAGUUUUCACUAACACUACACUGGAGUCAUGUUAAUAAAGGUUAAAACCAUUUAGCGCAAACUUGAUGUGUUAUGUAGCCAGGUAGUUUAAAGAUUAUUUUUUAUUGGCAAAACUAUACUAGUACUAUCUUAUGAGAAAUUAGUUAUUACUUUGAUAAAGAAAAUAAAGAGUCAAAUAGCUCAUUAGCAAAGAAAAAUUUUAAAUUGCUAAUAUACCUGAGUUUUCUUAUGGUUUCUUUAUACACUGUGUUCUUUUUUGUUCUUACAUUCUUAACAUUUAUCAGACUUCACAUUGACCUUUCUCCUUAACUUCUUAAGGUAGCAAGCAUAUUUCUGCUCCCCUUUCCCACAAACAGCUUAAUCUAUUUCCACAGUUAACAUUCUAAAAGUGGAGUGUCCUUGGAGAAACUCUGCUCAGCCUUUUUGUGACAUUUAGAAAAAUGUAUGUGGUAUUCUGCAAACCUGAAUGAUUGAUUGUCUCACAAUUUCUUAGACAGGUGAUGAGUGUGCUUGAACAAGGUACUUAAUAAUUCAGUUGUUCCCUUUUUAAUUAUCCAUUUAAAAAUUCAGCUCUGGCAUUUUUAUUCUAGAAUUCAAGCGUUAAUUUGUUUUUAUAAAAGUUAGGUUUGAAGUUUAUUAGAAUAUAAAAUCUUAACUCUUAAGUCUGUUGGUUCAAGGGGAAAAAAAGAACAGAAAACCCACUAUCACUCUAUAAUCCUGAUAUCUUUCUUUUUUAACUUUGGAAAUAGAAUUAUGUAAUUGUGCUUAUACUCAUCUAAUUUUCUAUAUCAUAUACAGUUAAAUUUAGUUGGUGUUUCAUGCCUUUAGUUAGUCACUAAGAUGCAUAUGUGUUAAUUUUUAUAAUGGAAAUUGAGCAUGUAUUAAAGAUGUUAAAAAUUUU